AGUGGGAGACGGGCUGAAUGAGAGAGCAGGACAGGUUGAGCACAGACACACUUGUAGUUCAAAACCUGUAGCAUGCGGUGAACUCUCAGUCUGUCGGGAUCUUACAUGAUGUUGAUCUGAACACUUUCUCAUCUGAACUCCGUGCUCUGGGAAAUGCUAAUAAGAGUGAUUCAGUGCAGCAGGGGUUUGUCCUGAAUGUGUUCAGCAGUCAGCGGUGUACUUCCCCUGAGGAUCAGCUGUGAGGGACUGCCAAACCCUGGACGACUGCAUGGGGAGGUGUCAAUGUCCACCAAUGUCAGUGGAUCACGGACCCAUCGUUCCCCUCAGAAUUUGGAGAUGGACCUGGCCUGGCAGGAACUGAUGGCCAUCACAGAACUUCAGGAGUUUGAGGACCCCAAUGAGAAUCCUUUUGAAGCAAUUCCAUACCUCUCCAUGGAGCCCAUGGUAUCUCAAGGGGGGUUCGGGAUGAAUCAGCCACAGCCUGAAUCCAUUCCAGCCACCUGUGAUGCCCAUCCUUCUGGUGUAUAUGAAAGCGCAUACCCAGAAAUGAUGCCACCCUAUCCACACAUGGAUAUGCACUACGGUCUUCCUGGUGGCCACGGGUCUUCCAGAAUGCUUGCAAACACACAAGGUUUUCACCCACCUCUUAUGAGCCUUUUGGAGCACAUGAACAUGACUACACGCGGUCAUGGGAUUGCGAAAGAUGGUAUUAAUAACUUUCACUCCACAGGACAAAUCAAACAAGUUUGCACAGAUGAUCUGGAGUCAGAUUCUGGUUUGUCGCUUGGUUCGAGUCCGCCGCUCGCCUCUCCUGAGAACGCAGUGCAUGGAGCUCCGGCAUAUUUGCCUGCUGAUGCUACUACAGGCUAUGCUGAAAGUGAAAGCAUUGGGGAACAAUGUCAUCUACGACCUAAUCUGCACAGGGCUGUUGACUACCAGCAGUCAUACAGCUCGUAUCCUGGAGCUUCUUUUCCCACAGCUGCAAAUAUGCCAUCUAGCAAUCUGCACACUUACAGUCCGGUGGCAUCAAUGAAGCAACCAGUUUUGCCCACAGCCUUACAUGAUCUACAUCUAAAUAGCUCAAGACUAGGUUCAUACCAGUCCCCAUACUCAAAGUCCAAAUCCAGCAGUGUUCCCGUACCCCUCAGCAGGGAUGAACGGCGAGCUCUUGCUCUAAAAAUCCCAUUCUCACUGGAAAAGAUUGUGAACCUACCAGUGGAGGACUUUAAUGAGCUCUUGACCCAAUUCACACUGAGCGACGCUCAGCUGGCACUUGUAAGGGACAUUCGCAGAAGAGGGAAGAACAAAGUUGCGGCUCAGAACUGUCGUAAACGGAAGUUGGAGAAUAUUGUGCAUUUAGAAAGUGAGCUGGGACAGCUCCGAGCCCAAAGAGAACAUUUAGCCAGAGAGAGACUGGAGUUUCAGCAAAACAUAGCCAUCAUCAAAUGUCGGCUCUCGGAUCUUCACACCCAAGUGUUUUCACAGCUGCAUGAUGAGGAGGGACAUCCGUAUUCAGUUGAUGAAUAUUCACUACAGCAAACGAAUGAUGGCAACAUUUAUUUGGUGCCACGGAAUGCAGCAAUGGCUGGUGAAUGAACUGUUUUAUUAAAGUGAUAGUUCACCCAAAAAUGUUUUAAUUCUGUCAUUCACUCCCUUUACUGGUUCCAAUCCCUAGCAGGAAAAACAAAUUCUGUGGAAAGUGUUUACAGGUUUUCUGCAAAAUAGUUUAUUUUGGGUUCAACAGACUCAUGAUCAAUUAAUCGUGAAUCAGUUAGCAUUUUUGGGUGAACUCUACCUUUAAUGGGGUGUCUGAACCGGAUUAAAAGCCACUGUGCAUGUUGUUCAGC